AUCGGGAUAAUAAACUUGUUGCUGCAAUCGCAUGGAAAAAUUCUAUCUAAAUUACAGCUCUUAGAAUUAGCUUAUACAAUUACUGUUUUUCAUUGCAUACCUUUGGGCAUUUGAGUAUUAAUUCAAGAUACUCUCAAUAAACUCAAAUUUAUCAGUAUGUUGAGUAAUAAGCUAGACUGAGUGAGUGAGAACCACGCAAACGUUUAUUUUGUACUUCUUAUCUCUGGGGCUGAGGCAGAGAACUUAUUUUAAGUUCUCUGGCUGAGGUUAGUUAACAAAAUCAGCGAUCACUCAGUUGCGAAUAAACCUCUUACUAAUUUACUCAGCACUCGUGCGUACCGGAUCGAUCGUUUGUUUGUUGAUUUGUUCGUCGCGUAUUUUGUUUGAGUUCUUGUCGCCAAAUUUUGAGCUUUGUACCGCCAUAGCCGCGUCAAGACCAUUUGUUUGUGUGAUUACAUUUUAAAACAAUAUCUGCCUUUGAAUAUUUUUGUUGCUGUGCGUCAGCCCAUAAUUUUUAUCGCUUCGUUUUUGGCAAAUAUUUUGGCAUUUAUUUACAUUUUAUAAUAGAAUAUUCGUGGCGGUUAAGGGGGAGUGUGCACACACCUACAAACAAACAAGUAAGAACUGAACCUGUUUGAUCUUCUUAUAUUUGUUUACGAGUGUGAUCAGCUGUGAAUAGUUUUUAGACUCCAACAUGGUACUGCUGGGAAAAUUAGCAAUUGUUACAGGCGCUGGUUCUGGCAUUGGGCGCGCCACCUGUCGAGUGCUAGCAAGAGAGGGUGCUCGAGUGAUCGCAGCUGAUCAUAAUUUUAAAGCCGCUACGCAAACAGCCAGAGAUAUUGGAAUCGAUCAUGUUGUUGCAUUGGAGGUGGAUGUGGCUUCAAUGGAGAGUGUGACUAAGGCGGUUGCUGCUUCCAUUGCGCAAUUCAAGCAACCACCUUCGAUUGUCGUCAAUUCGGCAGGUAUUACACGUGAUGGCUACCUGCUCAAGUUGACCGAGAAGGACUAUGAUGAUGUGUACAAGGUGAAUUUGAAAGGCACUUUUAUGAUGGCUCAACAAUUUGCGCGCGCCAUGAUUGAGCAUCAUAUACGUAACGGAAGCAUUAUAAAUAUAUCGAGUAUUGUGGCACGCAUUAGUAAUCCUGGCCAAGCUAAUUAUGCUGCGACAAAAGCUGGUGUCAUUUCACUUACUGAAAUUGCGGCCAAGGAGUUCGGAAAGUUUGGCAUACGCGUAAACGCGAUAUUGCCUGGCUUCAUUAAUACGCCCAUGGUUGAAGUGGUACCGGAUAAGGUUAAGGAAGAUGUUUUGCGCCGUUGUCCAAUGGGUCGUCUGGGUCGGCCGGAGGAAAUCGCAGAAGUCAUUGCAUUCCUAGCGUCUGAAAAGUCAUCGUAUGUGAAUGGCUCAGCGAUUGAGGUAACCGGUGGAUUAAAAUAAACAAAAUGUGAUAGAGCUUUCAAUGCUUAUUGAAACAUUUCGAAAUUAUAAAACUUUCCAGUUAUGAAGCGUUCUUCAGUAAAGUGUCUAAAAUGCAGAAAAUUUUCUGUUAAAGAGAUAUUCUAAAUUGAUAUACUUGUACAUGUAAGAAUCGUGCAUUUAUUGUUCUUAAUUUUUAGUAUCAAAAUUUUAAAUAAAUUAUCCGUUGAUGUGUUAUUAA